UUUGAAAUCCGCCAAGGGUUCGAAACCCCGCCCUGCUCGCUAUCGAUAAGCUAUCGCCAACCAUCGAGGAACUCAGCAACCCUGUCACUUUGACAGCUCCGUCAACCUUCUUUUUUGAUAUCCGGUUCACGCAAGUGUUGCUGAUCGACAAACAAACCCAGAAUGGCACCCAGGAAGGCUAAAGUUCAGAAGGAGGAGGUUCAGGUCCAGCUGGGACCCCAAGUUCGCGACGGCGAGAUCGUGUUCGGAGUGGCUCACAUCUACGCCAGCUUCAACGACACCUUCGUCCAUGUUACGGAUCUGUCCGGCCGUGAAACCAUCGCCCGUGUCACCGGAGGCAUGAAGGUGAAGGCCGAUCGUGAUGAGGCUUCGCCCUACGCCGCUAUGUUGGCCGCCCAGGAUGUGGCUGAGAAGUGCAAGACGCUGGGCAUCACUGCCCUGCACAUCAAGCUCCGUGCCACCGGCGGUAACAAGACCAAGACCCCCGGACCCGGCGCCCAGUCCGCUCUGCGUGCCUUGGCCCGUUCCUCCAUGAAGAUUGGCCGCAUCGAGGAUGUGACACCCAUCCCAUCGGACUCCACCCGCAGGAAGGGCGGUCGCCGUGGUCGUCGUCUGUAAAUGGCGAAAUCUGGAGAGCAGGAUUCCCUGUUUGUGGUCAAAAUACAAUACUGCAUUUGUGUAUGCGAUAAGAAAGAUAUUCUGUUUGUGUGCAUAGGUGCACUGUAAUAAACCAGGAAAAUACGAUGUAAAUGACUACAAGA